AUGGCAUCUAGAUUAAGCGCUGAGAAUUCUUUAAUCCAGAGUUUUGAGAUAAUGAGUAAGAAUGAUCGUGAAGAAGUUGAUGAUAAUAUAACAGUGAAUCAAGCUCUGUGAGAUAUUAUGAAUAAUUAUAUUCCGAGCACUCUUACAAUGUAUAUUGAAUUCGCAGUCACUUUCCUAAAUGUAUUGUUUAUCAGCAUGCUUGAUGACCCAGCUCUAGUCUCUGGUUGAGGCCUUGGAGUCUUCCUGAUCACUAAUGUAAUAUUCACAUGGGACAUGGGGCUAUGUGGAGCGAUAGACACAUUGGUAUCACAAGCAUAUGGUAGGAAGGACUACAAGUUGUGUGGAACAUAUCUAAACACUUCAAGGAUACUCUUUACUUUGCUAUUUAUUCCACAAGCAAUAAUUUUACUCAACUCCAACAGUCUCUUGAAAUUUUUCAAUCAACCUAAGGAAUCCGCAGAGAUUGCCCAGAAAUAUGUGCAUGCUACAUUGUUUGGAGCUUUCUUAAACAUGCAAUUUGAAGCUAAUAGAAGAUUUAUGGUUUCUCAAGGAGAAUUUCCCCCAGUUUUAUGCACAAUGAUUGGAACAACUCUCUUUCAUAUCUGUGGUCUCUACAUCUUCGUAUUACAUCUUGGAUGGGGCAUAUCUGGCGUUGGUAUUAUAACUGCAGUUACUUUUACACUUAAUUUUAUUGCAACUUCUGUAUAUAUCAACAGUAAGAAGAAGCAAGUGAUUUCAGAUAAAUGGUUCUUUCUAGACCAAGAAGGAUUUCAGAGAAUUCCUGAAUUUUUGAAAUACGGAAUUCCAGCUGCUUUAAUGCUCAUAUUUGAGAUACUUGGAUAUGAUAUGAUGACUCUCUUCUCUGGAUGGAUAGGAACAGAAGAGCAGGCGGCAAAUAUUAUCAUGUUCCAAAUAUGGAUUUUGAUAUGCAUGAACACAGUUGGAAUCACAUAUUCUUCUACAGGUUUCAUUGGAAAUUCAUUAGGAGGUAACAGACCAAGAUCAGCGAAGGCUUAUGCAUACUCGACUUUACUCUUCGGACUCUUAAUUACAGCUUGCAUUCUCUUUGUGUAUUAUUUAAUUAGGAGAACAGCUAUUGGACAAUUUUCAUCAGAUCGUAGCGUCACAGAUCUAGUGUUUUGUUCAUUUCCUUGCUAUAUAUUAGCUAUCUUUUCUGAUGCUGGACAAGGAUUAGGAGGAGGAAUUUUGAGGACUAUAGGAUAUCAGCACUUUGCCUCAAUCAUCCAAUUUAUCUCAAUGUGGAUCAUUUAUUUCCCUCUUGCAUACAUCUUUGCUUUUGAGCUUGGAUAUGGCUUUAAAGGUCUUUGGUUUGCUGCACCUAUAGGACCUGGGCUCACUAAUAUUGGCUUCAUUUUGUUAGUACUUUUCUCAAAUUGGGAAAGCAUAGCUAAGAAUGCAUCAGCAUCUACAAACCAGAGUUCUCAAUCGAAUCCAGAACUUCCGCUAGAAGGUUUACCCUUAAAAGAAAUUGCAGAGAAAGAAGUGAUUUAAUUGGCUAGUUUCAAUUUUCA